CUCGGUGGGACCCGUGUGUUCGAAUUUCUUUGCGACGAAGGAAUCAGGAGGGGAUGUUCUGCCCGACUUUGUGGAGGAACAGGUGGCCAGCAUUGAGGGUGGCCAAGCAAUUGACGCUAAAGACAUCGACGGGUUUGAAACCCUGCCAUCCACAGCUGGGCUGACUGAGGAUUUUUCAAUCCGCCAUUUUAUGGAGGAUAAUCGCCAGAUGUUUGAUAGUCUCAUAAAUGAGGUAUGACAGCAUCACAAUUCUCUUGAGUCUCGUGUUGAUAGGCGUUUAGGCAAACUCUUUGAAGGAACGACCGAGGUGGUCCACCAAGUCCGCGAGGAUUUUCUUUGUAUCAAUAGUGUUCUAGAUACAUAUCUAGACCAUGUGUUAACGUUGACUGCCCAUUUCGACAAUAUGGCGAUCAACUUCGUUCCUCAAGUGGACAACAACGAGGCCUACUAUCUUGCACAAAUGGCUUCAGGAUUUAAGGAGCUUGCUAAAAUCAAUGCAGUAGAGAAGAUAGUGGUGCAAACUCUCAAGCCCUUACGAGAGCGUUUGAGAGUUGAGCAGGUUUGCAUAAUAGAGAAAGACGUCAUUGACUGGCGGGCACCACUGUUGGCUUACUUGCAAGAUCCAAACAAGAUGGCUGACCAUGUGGUCAAAUUUAGAGCAAGGAGUUAUGUAGUUUGGAUGGAACCUUGUAUAAACGCAGACCCGAUGGGUUAUAUGCUUGGGGGCAAGGAAUCAUUGCAAAGCCAUGGCAAAGGUGCAUGAGAGAAUAUGCGGAGCCACCAAGCUGGUCCUUCCAUGCGAUGGAUUUUACAUCGCCACGGAUUUUAUUGGCCCACCAUUGGCCAGAUUGUGUUGCGUAUGCCAAGGGCUAUGAAGUUUGACAACGCCACGACCCUGUUCAAAGAGCGUCGGCGGUUGAUUCGAAAUCCAUAAUCAAACCGAAGCCGUUUUAUGGAUGGGCAAUGGAUUUGAUUGGUAUGAUUUACCCACCAUCAUCAAAGAGACACAUUUUUAUAAUUUUGGCUACUGACUACUUCACCAAGUGGGUGGAAGCCAAAUCGUUGAAGGUGGCGAACCAAGACGAAGUGAUUUCUUUCAUGCAAGAACACAUUAUCCACCAAUUUUGUUUGCCGACAACAAUAACGGUUGACCAGGGAACUAUUUUUACUGGGGGGCAAGUUAUGGAGUACGCGGAGGAGCGAGGGAUAAAGAUUAUCCAUUCCA